CACAUUCUCUCCCUCUCACACACAGUCUCACACUCCCACACACACUCUCUUCCUCUCCCUCACACUCCCUUCCUCUCACACUCUCGCUCUCUCACACUCCCACACACACACUCUCGCUCUCUCACACUCCCACACACACACACACACACACGCUCGUUUCAGUCCACAAGCCAGCCACACAUCUGUUUCCACUGAGACGGAGCGGUGCUCACACACACCCCGCCACAACUUCCUGUUCCUCCAGUAACACGGAGGUCACUCCCUUCACCAAUAAACGGCGGCACCAAGGACACAGAGCGUGAGUGCUGGCCGAGGCACUGCUCUGCCCAGAAGCUCCCGGCCGGCCUUUAGCUUGACUUGCAGACAUGGAUCUGGUACUUUGGGCACUGACGAUGGGCCUGGCCCUUGUAGUUGGCUUGUCUGUGCUGCUGGUCUCUGGGGUCAUCUACGCCGUCUUCACAGACUCGGUUCUGCCCGCGGAUAUCCAGGGGCCAGGCAAACUCAGACUCAUCUAUGGAGUCCAGCUCGCCAUCGGCACUCUGGGAAACAUCAUCCAGAACCUGGGCUUCAGAACUCACAUCGCGGCUGUCCGGUACUUACGCAGAAAAGCACUCAGGUUGUCGCUGAAGAAAGAGGCCGGGCUGGUUACCCAGGACGUACGCUUUGACGGUGUACCCGUGAGGGUUUAUCAACCACCGUUAGCAGACACCGGCAAGAGUCGAGGAGUCCUGUAUUUUCACGGAGGAGGAUGGGUGUUUGGCAGUAUAAAUGAGUACGACCACCUGUGCCGAUACGUUGCCAGGGAAACGGGCUCAGUCGUGGUUUCUGUGGAGUACCGUCUUGCACCUGAGCACAGGUACCCCACCCAGUUUGAAGACUGCCUAAAGGCCACUCUGCACUUCAUGAGGAACGCGGCGAAUUACGGAGUGGACGACACCAGGAUCGUCGUGAGUGGGGACAGCGCUGGCGGCAACCUAACUGCAGCCGUCUGCCUGAGAGUCACUGACCUGGAGGAGACGACAGGGCUGCCACCCCUCCGAGCCCAGGUCAUGAUCUACCCGGCCCUCCAAACGGUUGACUUCAGCCUCCCCUCCUACCAGCAGAAUCAGUUGGUGCCACUCCUAUUCCGAACACGUAUGAUCUUCUUCUACCUGCAGUACCUGAACGGGGAUUUGUCGGUGGCCGAGGAAGUGUUGAAGGGCCAGCAUUUGUCUGUGCAGCUCAAAACCAAGUACAGGAGUUGGAUAAGCGCGGACCUGAUCCCUGACGAUUUUAAAGCCAGAGGUUACAGCCCCAGCCCUCUGCUGGCACACGAGGAAGAUGUCUUUAACAUUAUUCAACCCAGCUUGGAGCCGACCUUCUCCCCUCUUCUUGCCAGUGACGCUGCCGUCAAGAAGUUGCCCCCGGCAUACAUUCUGACGUGUGAGUUUGAUGUGCUUCGGGACGAUGGGCUGCUGUUCAAAAAGAGGCUGGAAGACAACGGUGUUCCUGUCACCUGGUACCACCUUCCAGAUGGUUUCCAUGGGAUAGUCAGCUUCUUCGAUAAUGGCUACCUGACGUUCCCAUCUGGAAAACGGGCUGUUGAUAACAUCAUCGCCUUCCUCAAGGACAUAUAAUGCAUCUUCAGUAAAGUGUAUUCUCAAUCUUUUUCCUUUGUAUAGCAAUAUAUAUGGUGUAAAA